AUGCAGGUCGACCAGCCCCACUCACCUCCAGCACGCACUCCGUCGCACUCGUCGUCCGUCCGACCGCGCGGCAUCCUCAAGAACUCGCGCUCGUCGUCCAGCAACGUCCCCACCUCGUCUUCCCCUCCCACCGCUCGCACACAGGCUGGACAGGAUGGGCAGCAUCACCCGGGACAGCUCGCGUGGGACGAGACAAACCUCAGCUUGAACGACCUCCAGCGAGACUCGACCAUGAAGAUCACCGAGCCAAAGACCCCGUAUGUCCGCUACAACGCAGAGACGGACGAGGUGAUGGACCUUGACCAAAUCCCCGGCUUCUCGCUCGGUUCGACGUCCUUCGCCUCGUCGUCCGGCGGCGGCGGACCCUCGAACCCGACUUCGCCUACCUCUUCCACCUUCGUCGGUGCGGGCGCAGCGAACGCAACGGGCUCGUCGAGGCGCGGAAGCGAAGCGAGCGAGAAGAUGGUCCGGGUCGAGCGGAGCAACAGCGAUGUCAGCGGCGGGGAGGAGGCGUUCAACGAGAGUGACGACGAGGAGGCUGACGAAGAGACCAUCGAACACCGCCGUGCUUUUGCUCAGAAGCGAGGUCGACACUACUCCAACGAAGGCAUGGCGAUGAAACAAGCCGCCGCCCUCCUCGCCCAAGAAGACGACGACGACGAAGACGAGUCGGAAGAAGCGCGAGUCGAGGCCAACACCGAGCGGAACACGUCGGGCAUGAGCGCCGUACCGCCAGUCCCGCCCCUGCCGAAUGGGUUGCAGAGGGAUGCGCUGUAA